UCAUCGCUGUGUGAAAGCCUCAGUUCCUAUAAAACUAACGUUUUUCAACGACAUCGAACCAAAUAGUUCAGUUCUUCUCGGUGCUCACCGGCGAUCUCUCGGCGGGUUUUCAAUUUCAGGUGAAGGUUUCGAGCUCGCCGGUAUGACGUCGGGGACCAGGACGCCGACGUGGAAGGAGAGGGAGAACAACAAGAGGAGAGAGCGGAGGCGGAGGGCGAUCGCGGCGAAGAUCUACAAGGGUUUGCGCAUGUACGGGAACUACAUGCUCCCCAAGCACUGUGACAAUAACGAGGUUCUCAAGGCUGUCUGCGCCGAGGCCGGUUGGACCGUCGACGAGGACGGCACAACCUAUCGCAAGGGAUGCAAACCAGUGGAGCGCAUGGAGAUGGUAGGGGGCUCUACUUCACCUAGCCCAUGCUCCUCAUAUCAGCCAACACCUUGUGCCUCAUACAACCUGAGCCCUUGUGCCUCAUACAACCCGAGCCCUGCCUCAUCAUCAUUUGCAAGCCCUGCUUCAUCCUCUUACAUCACCAAUGCCAAUACUAACACUAAUGCCCCUGAUGGAAAUUCCCUCAUCCCCUGGCUCAAAAAUCUUGCCUCUGCUUCCUCUGUUACGUCGAAACACCCUUUCAUCAUUCAUGUUGGCUCAAGAAGUGCCCCUGUCACACCUCCUCUGAGCUCUCCGACUGCCAGUACUCCUCGUAUGAAGUCUGAUUGGGAUGAUUCUUCUGCCCAGGCAUGGGGAGCCAGCGCAAGCUCCUCAUUCAUGCCAUCUUCCAAUCCAUCAAGCCCCGGUCGCCAAAUCUUUCCUGAUUCUGGAUGGCUCUCAGGACUUCAGAUUCAAAAUGGAGGCCCCUCAUCACCUACAUUCAGCCUUGUUUCUUCGAAUCCAUUCAGCAUCUUCAGGGAGACAAUAGCUACUCGGGGCUCGUCCAGGAUGUGUACUCCAGGGCAGAGUGGUACAUGUUCUCCAGUUAUCGGCGCUCGUGAUGUCCAAAUGUUUGAUGGUGCAUCUGAUGAGUUUGCAUUUGGUAGCAGCAGCAAUGGCAAUCUCCCAGUGCCAACAGUUGUGAAGCCAUGGGAGGGGGAGAGGAUUCACGAGGAAUGUGGAUCAGAUGAUCUGGAGCUCACCCUUGGGACCUCAAGAACCAGAGCCGAUGCCAUAUGAGUGUGUCGAUAUGAAAUGUUUCGUCGUUUAUUUUUUCGCAUUACCUUCUUGUCUUGUGUUUACCAUGGAGCUGAUAAGAGGCAUAGAGAGGGAAAAGCAGAGUACAUGUAGUUUCAUAGUUAGCCUCCAUCCUCUGUCAUUUGUUUGAAACAUCUUAAUUUUGUUAAAAUUGUUGAAUUGUUGCCUAGAAUUUAUUUAUUGGAAGGAAUAGCAGCAUUAUGUUAUACUUGUUAUGUAAUGCAACUAUUUCUCAUUUCUUGUGA